CUCCGCCCCACAUACCGGCGCCUGCGCAAAGGCCAGCCGUGGUACCUGAUGGUGGGAGGCGGCAGUUCCCUCCUUCCCUUUCCCGGGCGGGAGUUAGAUAGACACCCAAGAAAACACCAUGAAAGAUACUGAUAUCAAGAGACUACUGUAUGCCCAUCUUUUCUGCAUAUUUUCAAUUAUCCUAAGUGUCUUCAUUCCAUCAUUUUUCUUGGAGAACUUCUCAAUAUUGGAAACACACUUGACAUGGUUGUGCAUCUGUUCUGGUUUCGUAACUGCUGUCAACCUAGUAUUAUAUUUAGUAGUGAAACCAAAUGCAUCCUCUAAAAGAAGUUCAUUAUCACACAAGGUAACCAGACUUUUGAAAUGCUGUAUCUACUUCCUUAUGUCUUGUUUCUCCUUUCAUGUAAUUUUUGUUCUUUAUGGAGCACCACUCAUAGAGCUUGUGUUGGAAACAUUUUCAUUUGCAGUUCUUUUAUCUACCUUUACAACUAUACCUUGUUUAUGUUUGUUAGGACCAAACCUCAAAGCUUGGCUAAGAGUUUUCAGUAGAAAUGGAGUCACAUCCAUUUGGGAGAACAGUCUCCAGAUCACUACAAUUUCUAGCUUUGUAGGAGCGUGGCUUGGAGCGUUUCCAAUUCCACUGGAUUGGGAAAGACCAUGGCAGGUCUGGCCCAUCUCCUGCACGCUUGGAGCGACCUUUGGCUACGUGGCUGGCCUUGUUAUUUCACCACUCUGGAUAUACUGGAAUAGAAAGCAACUUACAUACAAGAACAGUUAAUUGGAGCAAAGGGAGAAGAUAUUUCUUUGUGCAGAUUCCAUAAGGGCUGUGCAGAAAUGUAUAUGGUCAAAGCCAAGCAGUUCCAUUUACAGCACUGUUUUUUAUGUAGUUACAACAUGAUGUGAUUGUAGCUUUUUAAACUAUGAAACCCCUGAGAGAUUGUACCUUCUAGUUGAAAUAAAGUAUUUAUAAUAGAUUGUGGCUUCA